GAUUUGGCUGGAGACCCGGCCCGCUUGCAGCCCGCAGCCGCCUCUUUCCUCUCACGGCGCCUCCGCCGUCGCUCGCCUGGAUGGCGUCCGACUCCGACGCCGAGGAGCUCUUCUACGACGCGCCUGAGGACGUCGCUCAACAUGGAGGGACUCCCUUGCCGUCGCCAACCAAAGUCGUGCUGCCACUACCGAAGGAAUUGGACAGUGGUCCACAGAUAGCUGAGAGAGAGGCCAGAACGCCAGAAGUAAAACAAGAUGACCCCAAAGAGAUAAUUGACAAUAUCAUAGAAGAAAGCCAGAAAGUGCAUCAGCUGGAGGAUGAUCCUUUGGCUCCAUCGGGAAAGGAAUUGACCGACCUGCCACCACAGGCGAAUGCUUGGGUUUCCAGAGCGGACCUCCUUCAGCAUAUUCCCGAACCUUUGGUUGCGGGGACAGCAUUACACGGACAUAAUGAAGAACCUCCUGAUCAGGCCGUGGCAAGUGAGACGGAGUCCGGGCAGGUUUUGCCGCCUCCUGAUGAGGUGCCGGAACACCGAGCAGGAGAAGAUGCCGAUGGAUCGGCAGAAGCCGCGAAGGAACCCCCAGAACUGAAACCAGCAGACGCCGAUGAGCCGGACGAGGAAGUGGCGGAAGGAGAGCAGCUGACUCUCUUGGACCAGGGCGAUGCCUUGCUGACCAAAGAUUCGUUGGCGGCCGAAGAGCUGCCCCCAGCCAAACCCCCGCGGCAGCUGACCAUGGAGCCGGACAUCGUCGCCAGCACGAAGAAGCCGGGGCCCGCACGGCCGCCCCCUCCCGCAAGCGCCCCGCCUCCCCGGCCGCCACCCCCUGCGCGGCCUGCCCCACCCCCCCGGAAGAAGAAGAGCGACUUAGAACUGGAGACGCAGAAAAUACCUGGUCUGGAAGUUUCUUUUUCAGCUGCUGGUCUGUUACCUCCCAAUGCAUCCCUCGAAUCCCUGGGCAAAGAUUCUCCUCCUUCUUUGGACCUGGCGAGCGCCACGAGUGGAGACAAAAUUGUGACCGCACAAGAAAACGGGAAGUCAGCUGACGGACAGACGGUCACCAGCGAAGUCAUCGGGCCCCAGAGGCCCCGGUCUAACUCCGGCAGAGAGCUCACAGAUGAGGAAAUCCUGGCCAGUGUCAUGAUCAAGAACCUCGACACAGGAGAGGAGAUCCCUUUGAGCCUGGCGGAGGAGAAACUGCCAACGGGCAUAAACCCCUUGACGUUGCACAUCAUGAGGAGGACCAAAGAAUACGUCAGUAAUGACGGGGCGCAGUCUGACGACGAAGACAAAAUGCAGUCUCAGCAGAGCGACACAGAUGGCGGCCGCCUGAAACAGAAGACGACACAGCUGAAGAAGUUCUUGGGCAAAUCGGUCAAGCGGGCGAGGCAUCUGGCUGAAGAAUAUGGGGAGCGAGCCGUCAACAAAGUGAAGAGUGUUCGAGACGAAGUUUUCCAUACCGACCAGGACGACCCCUCCUCGAGCGACGACGAAGGGAUGCCGUACACCAGACCAGUGAAGUUCAAGGCGGCCCAUGGCUUCAAGGGGCCCUACGACUUUGAGCAAAUUAAAGUGGUUCAAGAUCUCAGUGGGGAGCACAUGGGUGCCGUCUGGACAAUGAAGUUUUCUCACUGCGGUAGGCUGCUCGCCUCGGGAGGGCAGGACAAUGUCGUGCGGAUCUGGGUCCUGAAGAAUGCCUUUGACUACUUCAAUAACAUGAGGAUGAAGUACAACACAGAGGGCCGAGUGUCCCCUUCCCCGUCGCAAGAAAGCUUGAAUUCUUCCAAGUCAGAUACUGAUACAGGGGUUUGCAGCGGGACCGAUGAGGACCUUGACGACAGAAACACACCCUUUCGCCAGCGGCCAUUCUGCAAAUAUAAAGGCCACACGGCAGAUCUGCUCGACUUGUCGUGGUCUAAAAAUUACUUUCUGCUCUCUUCUUCCAUGGACAAGACUGUCAGGCUGUGGCACAUAUCCAGGCGGGAGUGCUUGUGUUGUUUCCAGCACAUUGACUUUGUCACGGCUAUCGCCUUCCAUCCCAGGGAUGACCGAUACUUCUUAAGUGGCUCGCUGGAUGGGAAGCUUCGACUUUGGAACAUUCCUGAUAAAAAAGUGGCACUGUGGAAUGAAGUAGACGGGCAGACUAAGCUGAUCACCGCGGCGAAUUUUUGUCAGAAUGGCAAGUACGCCGUGAUCGGCACCUAUGAUGGCCGCUGUAUCUUCUACGACACAGAGCACUUGAAAUAUCACACACAGAUCCAUGUGCGGUCAACCAGAGGACGGAAUCGAGUUGGAAGGAAGAUCACUGGCAUUGAGCCCUUACCAGGAGAAAACAAGAUCCUAGUGACGUCAAAUGAUUCCCGAAUCCGGCUGUACGAUUUGCGUGAUUUAUCGCUGUCUAUGAAGUACAAGGGCUAUGUCAACAGCAGCAGCCAGAUCAAGGCUAGCUUCAGCCACGACUUCACGUACAUCGUAAGCGGCUCGGAAGAUAAAUACGUUUACAUCUGGAGCACCUACCACGACCUAAGCAAAUUCACCUCUGUCAGGAGGGACCGGAACGACUUCUGGGAGGGGGUGAAAGCACACAACGCAGUUGUCACAUCAGCCAUCUUUGCCCCAAAUCCCAGCUUGAUGGUAUCGUCGGAAAUAUCUGAAAAGCCGGAGUCCGAAAGUAAAGGGGAUGAUUCUGAAGCUGCUGAUCCCAUUCCUUCAGGAGCUUUGAAGACAGAUCACACAGAAGUGCUUCUGUCCGCUGACUUCACGGGAGCGAUCAAAGUCUUCAUUAACAAAAAGAAAAAUGUCUCUUAAAUCAUUGGUAACGCGACCUUGAUAAUGGUACCUGGGUGUGAAUCAUGUGAUAAGUGAAGCGACGUCCAAUAUAGCCUCGGAGGCUGGCUUUUUUAAAAUAAAAAAAAACUCUCUUUCAUUUAAAGCUGCUCUGUUAGACCUCCGGGAGACGCAGCAUCCGGACCCGUAAGCCACCCACCCCCACCCCGCCUUGUAGAACAGAACAAGAGGGUGCCCCAUUCACAUUGCCAAACAACAAGCCCCCCCCCCCCGUUCCAUGGUCCAAAUAAUUAUCUUGCUAAACAACUGUUGCCAUGUGCAGGAUUUUGCGUGAAAAGGGCAAUGAGAUAUUCACACAUGAAUGUGCCUUUUUGAGGCAGCAAAUUAAGCAUUGGUGAACGUUUAAUUUAUUGAGGGGGGAAAGGACAUUUGUUUGAUUUUAUUUUUGGCAAAUGGAGCCUUGGCCCAGAAUCCUGUUUCCAGCAAAGUUCUUCUAUUUUUGAAUUUGUGUUUAAUGGAGCUGAAAUUGUGGGCAGAUCCCCUUGCGUUCUGUGAGAUAGUCCCCCCCCCAUCUCCUUACCCCCGGGAGGGGCCAGAAGCAACCAUGUGUCAAUGUUUUAUAAUGUGGGGUUUUUUUGUUGUCUUCUAAUUGUUGUGGACUCUAGAUUCCUUUCUUAAUAUAUUUUUCUUUUGCACACUGGAGCACAAUAUUUCUAUGAAAGAGUCUCUCAUUCCUUAUUCACGGGCACUGGGUUAUGCUCACCUUAAAAAACAAAACAAAAUUAAGCUGCAUUAGGAACGAUUCUUUAUAUUUUACAACAAUGUAAAAUAAAACUGUUUACAUAUUUUUUUAAACAUUGUAGUUUAAAAAAUGUUAAGUUUUUGUUUCGUUUUUUCUUUUUUGUUCAGAGCUAACAGAAUUUAAAAGUCUUUGUAAAUAUUCGUAUAAUAUAACCAAUGAAACAACAUUCUUGGGCAUUGUCACCCAUAAAAUGUUGCUGAUGGUUCCUGUUUCAGAGGACAGAAAGAUGUAUCAUUAAAAAUUGGUCUCCUUGAAAAA